GUAGGGGGAGUAGGAGUGCUCCUCCGGCGCUCCCCAGCCUACACAAUGAGGGUCUGUGCAGUGUCCGCGGGUCGGGCUGAUCCGGGGCUCGGCGGUGUCUGCAGGCUGGAGGGAGGAAAGUUCUAUCCGCAGCCCGAUGUGUGAGAGCGCCGGAGAUCGGGAGGGAGCUACACACCGCUCUCCUAGGAGCUCCGAUCGCUGCCACUAGGACAGGAUCCUCUGCUGCAUAGAUCAGUUUUGUUUGACGUUUCCUGGAUCAUCUGUAAGCCUCCAUUAAUGUGGCACUAGGAUUUAUAAUUCAUCAUCUGUGAUUUCUUCAACUAACGGGAAAAGUGCCUCCAUACUGUGUGGGAAAUAUGGGGGAAACGGCUCCCCCACAAGCCCCGGCUGGAGGCCUUGGCAUUGGUGUCUCUGGCGUCGGCCUGCUCGGUGGUGGAUCAGCUGCCCCUCGUCUGCACAGCGCCAUAGUGGAGCGUUUACGGGCGCGAAUCGCAGUGUGUCGCCAGCAUCACCUCAACUGCGAGGGCCGCUAUGACCGCAGCAGGGCGGAGAGCUCGGACAGAGAGAGGGAGAAUACGCUACAACUGUUGACCUUGGUGCAACAUGGCCAAGGUACCAGGAAGAACAGUAAGCACAACAAGAGCACCUGUGCUGCUCCACCAGACUACCGCCAACACCAGCAACAACAGCAACUGCUCGCUGAUGAUAGCGGUGAUCUCAACGGAGAUCGGCACCACCAAACGUCUAAUAAUCUGGGACAAAGAAACCCGGCGCUGGUCGCUCUUCAAGGUUCGUUGAAGAGGAGACUGGUGGUAAAUGUAUCUCCAACCAACAGCAAGAGAUCCAAUGGUGCCUUGGAUAACUCAUUCCUUGACUUUAAGAAAAUUCGUACCAAUGACUGCUUAGGAGCCGGGCAGAACAUGUAUCACGGAGUCGAUGGAGUGAACCAGUCAGUUAAUAGACUCUUACCAAUGGAGCAAGCCUUACAUAGAAAAAACAGCAAUGCAACCAGUAAUUGUGAGGCUAAUGAUUUAUUUAACUCAACAUUAAAAGGUAUAAAGAAAGAACCUGGAGAGGAUAUAUCAUGUGGCAACAGUAUUGAUAAUCGGAUAUCUCAUGAAAACUCUUUUAGGUAUGGAGAUGACUCUGGAGAGCAACUUAUGGAUCCAGAUCUCCAAGAAUUGUUCAGCGAUUUCGCUUAUAUUUCUGUGCCACCAAUGACUGAUCUUGAACUGCAGAACAUGAUAAACAUAACAAUUAAGCAAGAUGAACCAUUUAACAUAGACAUUGAUCAACAUAACCAAAGAAGUUCAUCAACAUCCGCACCAUUGGACAAAGUAAUUAAAAGCGAAUUCCCACAGUGUUUGAAUCAUACACGGGUUGGAUCACCACAAAUAAGGCCUUCAUCAACAGGGCCAAAUUUUUCCAUGUCUAGUUCCCCUUUGACAUCUUCUCCUAGCACUCUCCCCAGUCAUGGCCAGCCGAAAGCCUCAACUUGUUCCAACCGUCUGAACAACUGGCAGGAGCUAUCUCACGCUCAACAGUUGAAACAGAUAGCUGCCAACCGGCAGCAUAACAUAAUACAGCAGACUAAUCCAUCCACAAGCUGGACAAGUGUCCCAGCCACCGGACAGUCUUCAAGACAGUAUGGGAUGGAGAAAGUCCCUAGCCCUUUUCGGCAGCAACAGUUAAGUCCUCAUGGUACCUCAAUGAGUGGAGCUUCUGUAAGUGGAAAUCAGCCAAAAACAGUUAAUAGCUACCUCUAUAAAAAUAACUCUAGUGCCCAGAGUGCCUCACUUGACUUGAUGAAACCUCACGAUUCUAACAAGGGCUCAGUCAAUUCCAGUCAUUUGCCUGAAGAGCAUCACCAUAGCCUUACAAAACCUAUGUUCCACUACAGCCCUGAGCGAACUAACCAACAAGCGUCAUCUGGUUUGGUGCCACAGAGUAAACCAAUGUUGCCAUUCCCACAGCAGCAAAAUUCUUCCACGUCACAGCAGCAUGAACAAGUACAGCAGGUCAAUCCCUUGACUGCCAAUCAAACACUUCCAAGGUCAGGAGGAUUCCAGCAAAAGAUGAUGAUUUCAAAGAUGCAGCAAAGUCAGCAAAUGCCUGGACUGCAGUACCCAAAUGUACAUCAACAACAGGAGCAGCACACUAGCACCACCCAGAGUCCCGGAUCCAAUACUGCUUCCUGUUCAAGUCCCAAUGGUUAUAACAACCAGCAGCCCUUGUUAAAUCAGCAAAUGGUGGACAAGACGAAUAUUCUACAGAGACAAAUGAUGCAACAGCAGAUGAUAGCUAGAACGGAAAAGUGUAACAACCAGGAUCAGCUGAACAGGCAUUUGACAAGACCACCACCGGACUACAAGGAUCAGAGAAGGAACACUGUGGGAAUGCAGCAGCCAAGCCAGUUCCCCGGUGGAUUGCAAACUGUAGGUGCCACCUCUGAUCCUCCAGUAACCAAUGCAACAUCAGGACAUAUAACACCUCAGAAUCCAACCCAUUCUUCAAAAAGUCAUGGUUCUAGAAUGACUUCUGUACAUGGAAGUCCAAGCUUGUACGGAAAUGUCCCAUGCCCACAGCCGAACAUGUACAGCAACGUGAAUCAAGUACAACAGCAAACCAGCCCAAGUCAUAUGGGAACAAGCCCAAAUGGCAAUGUUUUGCCACGACAGUCAUCAGUUACACCGGGAAACAAUGUAACUCCUUUUGUUAAUCCAGCAGGAGUCAACCCUCCACCAUUCAGACCUGGUCCAAAUCAUGGAAAUAAUCCAGUGGCGCUAAGACCACCAAACAUCAUCAAUACCACAACAGCCACACAGAAGUGGAUAGGUCCAGAAAUAAAAAGACAGGACAUGGUGAGCUUCUCCAAUAAUCAGUUUUCUAACCAGUCACUUCAGGGCAUGAUGCCUCAUCAACAUUUUCCUCAACGUGGUCUUUCAAUGCCCAGCCAGGUCAACCAAGGUCUACAGAUCAAUCAGAUGACGUCCGCAAACAGUGGACCAUCUAUGGAACCUCUAAGAGGUUUUAAUCGUGGACAAAGCCCCCAGAGAUCUCAAAUGCUGACCAACUUAAGCCAAGCUGGUGGAGGAGCUGCCACAGCAUCAACAAACACAUUUAAUCCCACCGAUCAGAUACCUAGAGCUUUUCCAAGGAGCGACUCAAAUAACGACUUGGGUUCCUUUGAUUUUAUUUCACAGAAUGGUGGACUAGGCUCAUCGCCCAGCAAUGACUCAGACUUUAUUGAUGCCUUAUUGAAAACGGGUCACAUCAAUGAUGACUGGAUGAAAGACAUCAACCUAGAUGAGAUUUUCAAAGGUCAUACAUAAAAAAAAAAUUCAACAUAUUGAACCUCAUGUAUAAUGUAGAGAAGGGAAGUGAGGCCCAUAAAUGCCAACCCCCCCUUACAACAAAUUUUCCCCUGGAUGUUAGAAAAUAAGGCAGGUGUCUAAUGGGCUACUAUAGGUUGUAUGAUUGCUUUUCUUUUCCUCAUUAGGUCAUUUGCGUUGCUUUGCCCCAAUAGCAUUAUUAAAGUGGAACUUUAGUCAGAAAAUUAAGUCCUGCUAAGAUUACUUCAUGCUGGCCCCUUUUGCAGGUAUAGCUAUGUAAGCAUUAAAAAUAGGUUCUUAUAAUGUUUAAAAUCCAAUAAUACACAGUCUCAUCCUGCUCUGCACAUGCUCAGUUACUCUCCAUUUUAGGCACUGCCAAGUUUGUAGAGGCCUUUCAGCUAACAGUCUAAGACCCCUUUCACACUGAAGCGUUUUAGCGUUAGAAAUAUCGCUAUUAAAAAGCUCAUAAAACGUUAGGGUCUUGGCGGUGCUUU